AUGACUAGCCCCGUUCUAAGAGACUUCCUCCACAGUGAGGACUCUGAAUCUCUGGACAGUUGCAUCCAGAGCACCCUGUCAGCCCUCUACCCUCCGUUUGAUGCCACAGCUGCCACGGUGCUGUGUCAGGUAUUUGAUGUGGUAGAGACCAGCUACAGAGGAGACGGAUUCAGAUACCUUAUAGACUUCCUGGUUCCUACUAAACACAUCCUGCAGACCAUCCAGCAACAUGCCUGUUUCCCGUACUGUGGCCUGUUAUUCCGUCACCAGGGCUGGCCUCUGUGUCUCCACGACAAGGUGAUCAUCCAGCUCUCUCCUCUGGACCCACGCAUCCUCCGACCCGGGGACUUCUACCUGCAGGUGGCAUCACCCUCUGUCUCCCCCAGCCCCUCCUCCACCCCCAGCCCACCCUGUAUCAUCCUGCGUUGUCUGGCCCCCAGUGGGCAGCAUGUAGAGGAGGUAAAGGUACCAGAGCUAGCCUACAAAUCCCUCUUCACCAUGGCCUGGCUCAACUCAGUCAACAGGGAGCGGAGCGGAGCGGGGUCUGGGACAGGGUCGGGGACAGGAACGGGGACAGGGUCUGGGACAGGGUCUGGGUCGGGGACAGGGUCUGGGUCGGGGACAGGGUCUGGGUCGGGGACAGGAACGGGGACAGGGUCGGGGACGGGGUCUGGGACGGGGUCUGGGACGGGGUCUGGGACGGGGUCUGGGACAAGGUCUGGGACGGGGUCUGGGACAAGGUCUGGAACAGGGUCGGGGACAGGGUCUGGGACGGGGUCGGGGACAGGGUCGGGGACAGGGUCGGGGACAGGGUCGGGGACAGGGUCUGGGUCGGGGACAGGGUCUGGGACAAGGUCGGGGAGGACACUGUCCCACUGCCUCCUGUCUGCAGAGAACGACAUCUUCAGAGUCCCCUGGGAGGAUGUCGUACACCCUCAGUUCAUUAACAGACCCACAGCCUUGGUGGCUGCGCCUAUUAGGGUCCCUACCAAGGGAGAAGGGGACGGGGGGAGGGAACAGGAGGUCUUCAAGCCUUCGGAUAGGGCCAGAUGCAUUUUGAUUGACACAUCCAAGGCCCAAUGUGGAGAGAGUAAGGAGGUGAAGCUCCUCCCACGUUUGAGACAGGCUAUCGAGACCAGUGACGAUGGAAAAGGUUUUGACUUCGCAGCAGAAGAGGACUCGGACGCUGAGGGAGAGUACGUUGAACUGGAAGAGAUCAGUCUGCCACGCUUCUCUCCUCAGAAAGGAUCCUUAACACAGUCUAUUAGCCUGAACUACAGGAACCGGCAUAAACCCCGGACUACACCCCAACACACAGCCCGAUACACACCCCAACACACACCCCUUCAACCUUUACACCCACCCCAACACGCCCCCAAAGCAACCCCCGCCCAGCCCUUUCAGGGACCAGUGAAAAGCAGCACUUUCUCCCAGUCCAUGUUGUGUUCCAGACUCAUCGAGGAAAACCUGAACAACGACUUGUUUUACCCUGUCAUCCUCACCUCAACGGCCCCCAGCUCCCCCACGACCCCCAGCUCCCCCACGGCCCCCAGCUCCCCCACGGCCCCCACCUCCCCCACGGCCCCCACCUCCCCCACGGGCCCCAGCUCCCCCACGGCCCCCAGCUCCCCCACGGGCCCCAGCUCCCCCACGGGCCCCAGCUCCCCCACGGGCCCCAGCUCCCCCACGGGCCCCACCUCCCCCACGGGCCCCACGGCCCCCAGCUCCCCGACGGCCCCCAGCUCCCCCACGGCCAGAGAGGUGGUCAGCGGUGAGAGGACGACGUCAGACCGUACAGAAGCCCCCAGUCCCACUCCCACUGACCGCCAACCACACUACACACCAGCGGAGGACAUAGACACACCUUCCACUGAAUCAGAGACCGAGAGACCGGAGGACAAGGAGGAGGAGGAGGAGAUGGAGGAAGAGGAGGAGAACCACUCAGCUACUGAGCCCCAAGAGACAGGCCCCAUUCAGCCAGAGGAACCUGUGUUAAAAUCCUGUUCCAUGGACAAGUCAUCCACUGAAACCAACCACAGAGACCCAGAAGCCCAGUUAACCCAGUCCCCAGCCCAGUUAACCCAGUCCCCAGCCCAGCUAACCCAGUCCCCAGCCCAGCUAACCCAGUCCCCAGCCCAGCUAACCCAGUCCCCAGCCCAGUUAACCCAGUCCCCAGCCCAGUUAACCCAGUCCCCAGCCCAGUUAACCCAGUCCCCAGCCCAGUUAACCCAGUCCCCAGCCCAGCUAACCCAGCCCCCAGCCCAGCUAACCCAGCCCCCAGCCCAGUUAACCCAGCCCCCAGCCCAGUUAACCCAGUCCCCAGCCCAGCUAACCCAGUCCCCAGGCCAGUUAACCCAGUCCCCAGCCCAGUUAACCCAGACCCCAGCCCAGUUUACCCAGUCCCCAGCCCAGUUAGCCCAGUUCCCAGCCCAGUUAGCCCAGUCCCCAGCCCAGUUAACCCAGUCCCCAGCCCAGUUAACCCAGUCCCCAGCCCAGUUAACCCAGUCCCCAGCCCAGUUAACCCAGUCCCCAGCCCAGUUAGCCCAUUCCCCAGCCCAGUUAACCCAGUCCCCAGCCCAGCUAACCCAGUCCCCAGCCCAGCUAACCCAGUCCCCAGCCCAGCUAACCCAGUCCCCAGCCCAGUUAACUCAGUCCCCAGCCCAGUUAACCCAGUCCCCAGCCCAGUUAACCCAGUCCCCAGCCCAGUUAACCCAGUCCCCAGCCCAGUUAACCCAGUCCCCAGCCCAGUUAACCCAGUCCCCAGCCCAGUUAACCCAUUCGCCAGCCCAGUUAACCCAGUCCCCAGCCCAGUUAACCCAGUCCCCAGCCCAGUUAACCCAGUCCCCAGCCCAGCUAACCCAGUCCCCACCCCAGCUAACCCAGCCCCCAGCCCAGCUAACCCAGUCCACAGCCCAGUUAACCCAGUCCCCAGCCCAGCUAACCAGAUCCUACUCCCAGUCCAGCCAGUUAACCCAGUCCCCAGCCCAGCUAACCAGAUCCUACUCCCAGUCCAGCCAGUUAACCCAGUCCCCAGCCCAGCUAACCAGAUCCUACUCCCAGUCCAGCCAGUUAACCCAGUCCCCAGCCCAGUUAACCAGAUCCUACUCCCAGUCCAGCCAGUGCUCCCAGACACUGACAGAAGCCCAUAACAUCAAUGGUGCUGUCCUCAGCUCUGGGGUGCUCUGUCUGCCUGGAACAAGAGAUAAGGGAGGUCGGGCCCUGGUGACCGUGGCAACUAGGAACACCGUCUGGUUGAACCCCAGCUGUGACUGUGGAGAACUGGUCAGAAUCCUGGUCUACUACUACACAGUGCUCAGGAAGGAGGUGCGUUCCCUAGGGUUGACAGUCCUGGUGGACUCCCGGAGGUGCUCCCCUGUCCCCGCUCUGUUCAAAGCCUUCAACAUACUACAGGAUGCUAUGCCCGGCUCUAUCUACACUGUCCUGUUACUGGCUGACAGAGACCUGGUUCUACGCCUGGAGAAACCCUCAGCCGUACAGGUUGAGUUGUUGACCUCUCUGAAGUCUCUCCAUAAGCAUGUGGAGGUGUCUCAGCUGCCUACUGAGUUUGACGGAUCCUUCCCCUUUUCACACAGCGCCUGGGUCUGCUUCAGAACGAGAGUGGAACAGCUAACCAGUCACUGUGAGGACGUUGUCAAACUGCUCCAGAGUACCAUCGCUGGUCUGGAGUCUGCUGUCCUGCCAGCUACCGCUGAGGAGGCCCAGGUGUUACUUGCCAGGUACAGGGGUGUGAUGUGUAGCGUCCUGGAAGACAGCCGAUUGGCUAGAUUACAGCUGGAGGGCGGAGCCAACCUGUCCCGCCUCCGUAAAGAGGAAACCAGUGUCAGCCUCAGCGACGACUACAGGUAAUGGUUUCGGUCGUUA